AUGCGCGCGCCGGCGUCCUUGGUGACGGCGUUCGAGCGUCGCCGGGACAACCAAAUUCAGGGGCUGGAGCUCCUGUCCAUCGCGCUGGGCAUGUGCACCUUUGCAGGUGAAUUGCAGGGCUGCGAUUUGCAUGUCUACAGUGACAACACCGGCGCGGAGGCCUGCCUCCGUAAGGGCGCGGCGAAGGCUUUUGACCACUCUUGCAUCGUCCACUCCAUGUGGAAACGCGCCGUCGAGCUCGACGUCGAUCUCGCCGUGUUUCGCGUGCCCACGGCGCUCGAUGCGCCGCCGCUCCUGUCACCUCUAGUCUUCGCGUUAACUCGCAAGCGGGCGGCCAUUGUCUGGGCGGCUGAUUUCUUGGCCGGAAACGGCUUUGUGCGUGCUUGCGAACUCGCCAGCGCGGACACCGCAGACCUGGAAGGGUGGACAGUCACCGCGCAGGUCAAUGUCGAGGUCUUGCAUGAAUUAUUCAGGGCUGCGAAGCUGGCGGCGCGCCGAGGCGCGCGUCGUUUGCCCCACGCAUUCGCAAGUCUCCCGCGUACCGUGGCUCGCGAGGCGCCGACCCCCAGUAUCAUCGACCGCCUGGCCGCGCCGGUCGCGCCGCCCGUGGCGUGCGGGCCCUGGGCGGCGCUCGCAGAGACCGCCGCGCGCCUCCGCGGUCCUGCAGACGCGGCCCGUUGGCGAGAGGUCAAACGCGCUCGCGCCAUGCUGCAGCCAUGCGCGAGGUCGCUCCUGAGCGUGAGAAGCGGCCUCAAGUGCUUGGCAGCUUACUGCGUCAGGGUGUUGCAAUACCCGUGCAUGCAGCUGCCGCCAGCCAGCGCGGACUUAGUCGCCUGGGGCGCUUUAUUUCGCUGCGGCGCGACAUACGCGAACCAUUGCGGCUACGUCAGAGUCGGGUGUCUCCUGGCAGGGACCUGCGCCGCCGUAUUCGACAGCCCUGAGGUCAGGCGUGCGCGCGCCGCCGUUCGGGCGCGGGGUGAUUGGAUUUCGCGUCCGCUCUUAUUCAUCCGAAAGUGGGCAGUCGCCUCGCUUGUCGGCUUGGGCGCGCGCCGCCCCGAGUGGCUCCGCGCCUCGAUGCUUUUCCUUCUCGCCUAUACGUUUCUGCUGAGGGUCCCCAGCGAGGCGUUGCCGGCCGUGCGCGUGGACGACGCCGGCGACGCGCCGUCCUUUCAAGCGGCGCUCGUGCUGGGCGCAGCGGAGCACACGCUGCUGCUGCGUCGGCGGAAGAACAAGGCACAAGGCAGUCGCUUGACGCGGAGGUGCUGGUGCGCAUCGUGCCGCGCCACGUGCCCCGUGCAUAACCUGGGCCCCUGGUUGGCGCGGCGCGCGCCGGGCUGCGGGCUUUCUGAUGGCAUCUCGGCGGCCGCCGCGUUGCGUACCCUGCGCGAGAUGCUCGCAGCCCUCGGUGUCCAGGAAGCGGGCCUGUUUCGGCUGCACGACCUCCGCAGGGGCCACGCUAGUGACCUGCAGGAGGCGGGCGCGACGCUCGCCGAGAUCCUCGCGGCUGGAGAGUGGCGGUCCUGCGCCUUCAUGGCGUAUCUCGACCGCGACGAUCUGGAGAGGGACGCGGUCGUGGAGGCGGAGCCACGUGACCGCCGCCCGCGCCACGGCGCCCUGCACGCGCCAGGCGCGAGGCUGCCCCGAGCGGCGGGCGUCGGGCCUGGGCCUUCGCAGCCGCCCAGAAGGGGCCAGCCUCGCACCGCGCUGCACCCGCCGACGGCGGCAGCAGGCGGGGUCGAGGCCCUGCACGCGCGGCCCGAUUUGUGGGGCGUCGCCGCCUCGGGGCAGCCGAAGUUCCACAGCGGCUCCUUCGAUCUCGCCGAGGCGAGCCGGCUGAACGCCGCGUCCAAGCCCUGGAGGUACGGUGAGUCCAGGGGGCAGCCCUCGUCGAAGUGCCCACGCUUGCUGGGCUUCUUCGAAGUGCUCCCGCGGGUGGGUCAGCAGGGCCCAGUACCUGCUGACUCCAGGUGUCGGCGGCGCAAGGUCGCACCGCCGGGCGGCCAACAAGGUCGAGGGCCGCGCGUAGACCGAUGCGCCCACCAUCAGGAAGAUAGCGAGGCGCAGGUGCCCCCGCUCCGCUAG